AUGGGUGGUGUCACACAAAAAAUGACUGAUACUGUUAAGAAUGUACCUGGUUUGGGAACAACAGGUAUUCAUGCUGUUGCAGUACUUACUGAUCCGAGUAAUGGACAAGUUUAUGGUCAUGUUGAUUUUGUUGAAGCAAGUGAUGGAGUAGUAACUGUUAGUGGUGAAAUUAAAAAUAUACCUGAUAAACAAAAACGUGGUUUUCAUAUACAUGAAUUUGGUGAUACUAC